ACUUUUACUUUGAAUUGUCGCAUCAAAUACAGUCUAACUACACGCCAACCAAAUGUCUAAUCCUCAUCAUUGUUUUCAACACUCACUCCGGCCAACAAAGAAAGCGUUCGGUUUUGUCUCAUUGUUCCAAAAGACAAUGUCGAAGACACUUUAUGACUUUUGCAGUAUGCAUUUUGCAGUGUUGUGUCCAAGGACUGGCAACCCGAGGCCAAGGCGAAGGCCAAGGACUUGGAAAAUUUUCCGAGGCAUGGCCAAGGCCAAGGACUUGAGAAAUUUUCCGAGGCCAAGGCCAAGGACCAAGGACUUGCCUCCGAGGCCAAGGCCAGGGACCAAGGACUGAUUUUGAAGCUGAGGCCUAGCCGAGGACAUGUAUAAAACAAUGCCAUCAUACCACUUGGCAGUCCCAGGGACUCGCUGAUCAGAAAGGUAAGAGUCCCAUUAUGCAUUGAGACAGUCCCAAAUUUCGAAUUCUGAAAUGGUCUAAUUAUUCAAUUGCACAUGAUAAUAACACUCCUCCGUGAGUCGUCAACUUACCGUGGUGGAGGGGUUUGUGUGUCCCAAGGAUCCUAGAAGCUAAGUUGUCUGGGGCUUUAUGCCCCUGGCAGGGUCACCCAUGGCAAACAGGUUCUAAGUGAGGGGCCAGACAAAGCACGGCUCAAAGACCCCAAUGAUGAUUGAAAUAAAUGGAUCUAGGUUUCCCUUGCCCGGACGUGGGUCACCGGGGCCCCCCUCUGGAGCCAGGCCUGGAGGUGGGGCUCGUUGGCAGGCGCCUGGUGGCCGGGCCUACACCCAUGGGGCCCGGCCGGGCACAGACCGAAGAGGCAACGUGGGUCCCCCUUCCCAUGGGCUCACCACCCAUGAGAGGGGCCAAAGAGGUCGGGUGCAAUGUGAGCUGGGCGGCAGCCAAAGGCGGGGACCCUGGCGGUCCGAUCCUCGCCUGCAGAAGCUAGCUCUUGGGACAUGGAAUGUCACCUCUCUGGCAGGGAAGGAGCCCGAGCUGGUGUGUGAGGCAGAGAAUUUCCGACUGGAUAUAGUAGGACUUGCCUCCACACACAGCCUGGGUUCUGGUACCAGUUCUCUCGAGAGGGGUUGGACUCUCUUCCACUCUGGAGUUGCUCACGGUGAGCGGCGCAGAGCAGGUGUGGGCAUACUCAUUGCCCCCCGGCUCAGUGCCUGUACAUUGGGGUUCACACCGGUAGACGAGAGGGUUGCCUCCCUCCGCCUUCGGGUGGGUGGACGGGUCCUGACUGUUGUUUGUGCAUAUGCACCAAACAGCAGCUCAGCAUACCCACCCUUUUUGGAGUCCUUGGAGGGUGUGCUGGAGAGUACUCCUUCUAGGGACUCCCUUGUUCUGCUGGGGGACUUCAAUGCUCACGUGGGCAAUGACAGUGAUACCUGGAGGGGCGUGAUUGGGAGGAACGGCCCCCCCGAUCAGAACCCAAGUGGUGUUUUGUUGUUGGACUUCUGUGCUCGUCACGGAUUGUCCAUAACGAACACCUUGUUCAAACAUCAGGGUGUCCAUUUGGCAGCAGGACACCCUAGGCCGCAGUUCGAUGAUCGACUUUGUAAUUGUAUCAUCGGAUUUGCUGCCGCAUGUUCUGGACACUCGGGUGAAGAGAGGGGCGGAGCUGUCAAUUGAUCACCACCUGGUGGUGAGUAGGCUCCGAUGGUGGGGGAAGAUGCCGGUCCGUCCUGGUAGACCCAAACGUAUAGUGAGGGUUUGUUGGGAGCAUCUGGCGGAAUCCCCUGUCAGAAGGAGUUUCAACUCCCACCUCCGACAGAGCUUUUCCCAUGUUCCUGGGGAGGCGGGGGACAUUGAGCCCGAGUGGACCAUGUUCCGUGCCUCUAUUGUUGAGGCGGCCAAUCUGAGUUGUGGCCGUAAGGUGGUUGGUGCCUGUCGUGGCGGCAAUCCCCGUACUCGCUGGUGGACACCAGCAGUAAGGGAUGCCGUCAAGCUGAAGAAGGAGUCCUAUCGAGCCUUUAUGGCCUGUGGGACCCCAGAGGCAGCUGACGGGUAUCGACUGGCCAAGCGGACCGCGGCUUCGGUGGUCGCCGAGGCAAAAACCCGAGCGUGGGAAGAGUUCGGUGAGGCCAUGGAAGCCGACUUCCGGAUGGCUUCGAGGAAAUUCUGGUCCACCAUCCGACGUCUCAGGAGGGGGAAGCAGUGCACCACUAACACUGUGUACAGUGGGGAUGGGGCGCUGUUGACUUCGACUCGGGACGUUGUGAACCGGUGGGCAGAGUACUUCGAAGACCUCCUCAACUCCACCAACACGUCUUCCUUGGAGGAAGCAGAGCCUGGGGACUCUGAGGUGGGCUCUCCUAUCUCCGUGGUUGAAGUCACCGAUGUGGUUAAAAAGCUCCUCGGUGGCAAGGCCCCAGGGGUGGAUGAGAUCCGCCCGGAGUUCCUCAAGGCUCUGGAUGUUGUGGGGCUGUCCUGGUUGACACGCCUCUGCAACAUCGCGUGGUCAACAGGGAGAGUGCCUCUGGAUUGGCAGACCGGGGUGGUAGUCCCUCUUUUUAAAGGGGGGGACCGGAGGGUGUGUUCCAACUACAGAGGGAUAACACUCCUCAGCCUCCCUGGUAAGGUCUAUUCAGGGGUGCUUGAGAGGAGGGUCCGUCAGGAAGUCGAGCCUCAGAUUGAGUAGGAGUAGUGUGGUUUUCGUCCCGGCCGUGGAACAGUGGACCAGCUCUACACCCUUAGCAGGGUCCUUGAGGGUAUAUGGGAAUUCGCCCAACCAGUCUACAUGUGUUUUGUGGACUUGGAGAACGCAUUUGACCGUGUCCCUCGGGACACAAUCUUGCUGCUGUUGACUGUAAAUUUCCCCAGUGUGGGGCAAAUAAAGUGUCCCUCUGGGAGUUCUGUGGGGGGUGCUUCGUGGGUAUGGGGUACCGAACCCCCUGAUACGGGCUGCUCGGUCACUGUACCACCGAUGUCAGAGUUUGGUUCGCAUUGCCGGCAGUAAGUCGGAAUCGUUUCCAGUGGGGGUAGGACUCCGCCAAGGCUGCCCUUUGUCGCCGAUUCUGUUCAUAACCUUUAUGGACAGAAUUUCUAGGCGCAGCCGAAGCGUUGAGGAGGUCCGUUUUGGGGGCCUCAGUAUUGCAUCCCUGCUUUUUGCAGAUGAUGUGGUCCUGUUGGCUCCUUCAAACGGGGCUCUCCAACUCUCACUGGAGCGUUUCACAGCCGAGUGUGAAGCGGUUGGGAUGAAAAUCAGCACCUCCAAAUCUGAAACCAUGGUCCUCAGUCGGAAAAGGGGUGGAGUGCCCUCUCCAGGUC